AAAAAAAAAAAAAGGAAAGAAAAUCCAAAUCUGAGUCAGCCGAAUAAAACGGGCAAACUCACCUCCCUAUCGUUCCGACAAGCUUUUUCCGGUUGGCUACUUCAGCUGAAUUUUGGAGAUUGGGAUAUCAAAACUUUGAAUUCUUGUUGCUGUCGGGGUUUUUAUUGAUCAGGUUUUAAAACAAAAAGUUGAAAAUUUCCAAUUUGAGUGAGUACCCAGUUCAACGGUUUCCAAUUGGGAGAAAAAGGAACCCUGGGUUCAGAAUCUCAACUUUUCUCUUGUACUGUCCUUUUUCUGGGGUUCGUAUUGGUUUAUCUCUGUUUUUGAUACUGUGAUCAAGAAAAUAAGAAACAGAAAGAAUGGCCUCAUAUAGGCCAUUCCCUCCACAAUCAUUCCCUCCUCCACCACCUCAAAAUCAAAACCCCCUUCCAUCCCAACAACAACAUUAUGGUCAAAAUUACAAUCAAAUGAAUCCGAAUUCUAAACCAUUACCUCCUUCAAGACCGCCCCAACAACCACCCACACCUCCUCCACCUACACAACAGCAAUAUACUUAUCCCCCUCCUCCUCCUCCGCCUCCGGAUUCUUCCUAUCCACCCCCUCCUCCUCCUUUGCCUACAAUGCCGCAAAAUGCGAUCAACUCGCAGCCUCCAAUGUACUGUCCACCUUCACAGUAUCCAUCACAGUAUGGUAAUCCAGCAAUGCAGCCAGUGCAGCCACCCCCACCUCCUCCCCCGAGUUCUCCGGGUUCUGAAAUCUCCGCCACCUCCCCGAGUUCACCUCCACCGCCACCUCCAAAGGAAAGUGUUGGGGAUAAGGGGUUAAGUGAGCGCAGUAAAGGAGGGAAUAGGGAUUUUUUGGGGUCUGGAAGACGUGAACGGCAUUCCAAUCAUGCGGCUGGAGUUAGAGAUCAGAAGCCGAUGAUGCCUCCUGUGAAGAAGCCGAACGGACCUGCGGGAAUGGAGACAGAGGAGGAGAGAAGGUUCAGGAAAAAGAGGAUUUUGAGAAGCAAGGCAAGGCAAGAGGAGAAGCAUAGGCAGCAGAUGAAGGAGUCCCAGAAGACCCAGAUGAUGCCUUCUGGGAAAGGGCAUGGUUCUAUGGUAGGGUCACGGAUGGGAGAUAGGAGGGCUACACCGUUCUUGAGUGGUGAGAGGAUUGAGAAUAGGUUAAAGAAGCCAACUACAUUUUUGUGCAAGUUGAAAUUCCGAAAUGAACUCCCUGAUCCAAGUGCACAGCCCAAACUCAUGGCUUUGAAGAAAGAUAAAGAUCGGUUUACAAAAUACACCAUCACUUCUCUGGAGAAAAUGUACAAGCCUAAACUUUUUGUUGAGCCAGAUCUUGGGAUACCACUGGACCUGCUUGACCUCAGUGUAUACAAUCCUCCUAGUGUUAGACCAUCUCUUGCCCCAGAAGAUGCAGAACUCUUGCGUGAUGAUGAAGCUGUAACCCCUAUAAAGAAAGAUGGUAUAAGACGAAAAGAAAGACCCACUGACAAAGGUGUUUCUUGGCUGGUUAAAACACAGUACAUAUCCCCACUUAGUACGGAAUCAACAAAACAGUCUUUAACUGAAAAGCAAGCAAAAGAACUGCGAGAACUUAAGGGAGGCCGCAAUAUUUUGGAGAACCUUAACAAUAGGGAAAGACAAAUUAAAGAAAUUGAGGCAUCAUUUGAGGCAUCCAAGUUACAUCCUGUUCACGCAACCAACAAAAACUUGGAGCCUGUUGAAGUUAUGCCCCUCUUACCUGAUUUUGAUCGGUAUAAUGAUCAGUUCGUUAUGGUGGCAUUUGAUGGUGCUCCUACAGCUGACUCAGAAAUCUUCAGCAAGCUGGAUGAUUCUGUUCGUGAUGAGCAUGAAUCAAGGGCCAUUAUGAAAAGUUAUCUGGCAGCAACCUCAGAUCCGGCUAAUCCAGAGAAAUUUUUGGCAUACAUGGUGCCUUCUCUUGAUGAGCUGUCGAAGGGUAUGUAUGAUGAGCAUGAAGAUGUCUCAUAUUCUUGGGUUCGCGAAUACAAUUGGGAUGUACGGGGUGAUGAUGCAAAUGACCCAACAACAUACCUUGUUUCAUUUGAUGAAGGAGAAGCUCGCUAUGUGCCUCUUCCCACAAAGCUUAAUUUACGAAAAAAGAGGGCCAGAGAGGGAAGAACUGGUGAUGAGAUUGAACAUUUUCCUAUACCUGCUAGAAUAACUGUAAGGAGGAGAUCAACUGUUGCUGCAAUAGAACUGAAAGAGGCAGAGGUUUAUUCCAGCUCAAGGGGCGGUAUGUCAAGCUCAAAGAUAGGAAGGCUAGAUGCUGAAGAUGGUCUCGGAAGAUCACACAAGCUUGCACGACACCAUGAUGUUGAUCAGUAUAGUGGAGCUGAGGAUGACUUGUCUGAAUGAUUGGUGCAUGUAUAAAUAGCGAUAACCAUUUUAGAAGUUUUGAGGAGUUUUGCAGCUGUUGGGCACUGACUGACUAGAUUUAUUUCCAAGCAAAUAAAUCAAGAUAGUGCGAUAUCCCCCAUAUUUGUAUUCCAAAAUAUAUAGUAUUAUUUGUUUUUGGAUUCUA